AUGUCGAAAUCAAAAGCUCUCGCCUUCAUAAUCGCUGCUUUAGCUUACUACUCCCUCUUCUCUUCUUCACCAAAACCUCACUACCACUCCCUUUUCCUCUCCUCUUCCUUCUCCGACAACGCCUCCGUCGCCUUAAACCUCCGCACCCUCACGCGCCGCCCCCACGUGGCCGGCUCGGCGGCCAACGCUGAGGCAGCCGCCUAUGUUCUCUCCACCUUCAGCUCCUUUGCACUCAAAUCACACGUCGUCGCUUACCAUGUAUCUCUGACUUACCCACUUCAUCGCUCUCUGGUACUAACUCCCAGAGACUCUGCAAAGCCGAUCACUUUCGCGCUGGAACAAGAACAAGUCGGAGACAAUCCUUACGCGAAUGAAGUGACGCCUACUUUCCAUGGAUACGCCAAGUCAGGUAAUGUCUCUGGGCCGGUGGUUUACGCGAGCUACGGUCGAGUCGAAGAUUUCGUCGGCGUGAAUGCCUCCGGAGCCGUCGUAAUCGCGAGGUACGGGAAGAUCUACAGAGGAGACAUAGUGAAGAACGCGUAUAGAGCGGGAGCUGUAGGCGUGGUGAUCUACACAGACAAGAGAGAUUACGGCGGAGACGAGUGUUUUCCGGCGAGCAGAUGGAUGCCGCCGAGUGGGGUUCAAGUGGGUACCGUUUAUAACGGGUUGGGUGAUCCGACGACUCCUGGGUGGGCAAGCGUCGAUGGGUGUGAGAGAUUAUCGGACGAGGCCGUCGAAUUGGCCGGCGAUUCUCCGCAAAUACCUUCGCUGCCUAUCUCGGCGGCUGAUGCUGAAGUAAUUUUGAAGACUGUGGUCGGAGAUGUUGGGCCUGGACCUGGGAUCUUGAACCUGAGCUACAUUGGAGAAACUGUGAUAGCGAAGAUUGAGAAUGUGAUUGGAGUGAUUGAAGGAGAAGAAGAGCCUGAUAGAUAUGUGAUUCUUGGAAACCAUAGAGACGCUUGGACUUUUGGAGCUGUUGAUCCCAACAGUGGUACUGCUGUACUUCUUGAGAUAGCACAGAGACUAGAUAAGCUGCAGAAAAGAGGAUGGAGACCUCGACGGACGAUUAUUCUUUGCAAUUGGGAUGCUGAGGAAUAUGCUCUGAUUGGGUCAACGGAAUGGGUAGAAGAGAACAGAGAGAUGUUAGCUACGAGAGCAGUGGCCUACUUGAAUGUAGACUGUGCUGUAUCUGGCCCUGGAUUUCAUGCUUCUGCGACUCCACAACUCGAUGAGUUGAUAAAACAAGCGGCUCAAAAGGUCCAGGAUCCAGAUAACACAACGCAAACAAUCUAUGAAUCGUGGAUAAGAUCAAACAACUCUGGUGUGAUCGGAAGAUUAGGGGGUGGAGGAUCAGAUUACGCAUCGUUUGUUCAACAUGUUGGCGUUCCAUCUGUUGACAUGCUUUUCGGAGGAGGAUAUCCAGUUUACCACUCUAUGUAUGAUGACUUCACUUGGAUGGAAAAAUUUGGAGACCCCAUGUUUCAGCGACAUGUCGCAAUGGCUAGUGUUCUUGGUUUGGUCGCUCUUCGUUUAGCAGAUGAGGAAUUCUUACCAUUUAACUAUGUCUCCUAUGCAUCAGAACUCAAGAAAAGUGCGGAAGAUUUGGAGAAGGAGAAGUUAGGCCAUGGCAUUGAUGUUUCUCCGUUGAUCAAAUCGAUUCAAGAUCUAUACAAGGCUGCACAAGGGAUAAAUAUAGAGAAAGAGGGGAUUAAGGGAGCUUUGAAAGUGAGAGAGGUUAACGACAGAUUAAUGAUGGCGGAGAGAGCUUUAACAGACAGAGAUGGACUCUCUGAGAGGACCUGGUACAAGCAUUUGGUAUACGGACCGUCCAAGUACGAUGACUACGGAUCCAAGUCUUUUCCUGGAGUUGAUGAUGCUAUAGAUAAUGCUAAGAGGCUAAAGACCAAAGAGUCUUGGGGACAUGUUCAACACCAAAUCUGGAGAGUCUCUAGAGUUAUAAGACAUGCAUCACUUGUCUUAAAAGGUGACUUGAGAUGA